AUGUUUGUGACAUUUAUGGCACUCUUUGAUAUUCCGGAAAUGGCUGCAACAUUUAUGUAUGAGCAUAUGAAUAGUGAGGAUGUUAUUCCAACCUAUUAGUUCAGUAGCCCAAAACAUCCCUUUUAUAAGGUUAAAAGGAGUUCAAAUGCUGAAUAUUUCUAUACAUUUGGAACACCUAUGCCAGGCUAAAAAGAGCAUUAACUGGUCUACUUUGGAAUACCAGGAAAUUUAGGUGGUUAUAUACAAUUUCCUCCAAUCUUUAAUGCCAUAGAUAACUAUACCAGCUAUCUAAACACAGCUUAGAGAGACAUCUUUUACAGGACUUAGCAUUAUGGCUUUGAUUUUGAAAGAUAACCUAGUGCAUUUUCUCAAUUUGUUGUGCAAGAUCAAGCUUAAUAUGUUGCUUCAGCUAUUGCACAAAUAAUGAAAAGCUAUGAUUAAAAUACUAAGUUUAGUAUAAUUACUCAUUCAAUGGGUUCUUUAGUUGCAUAUGUUGCAAUGCAAUCUUAGAAAUUUCCAGUUGCCUAACUUUAAAAUGUAUUUUCUCUUGGCGGGCCUUUGGAGGAGGCUCCUUAACUCUUUAAUGAUGGAAUAUAGCACUAUGUGCACAAAGCUGCUUCUCAGUAAUCAGACCACGUCCUUAAUAAAGUGAUUCAUUUUAAUUUUCACGGUGGUCCAAGAGACCAGUUAGUAAGUUAAAAUUAUGCCAAUCUUUUCAGAUUCUCAAACAGUGCCAAUAAUAUCUCUUCUAAUUCUUUAAAAUAUGCUUUUAAUGUCAAGAGUAAUUAGCUUAAGAAUGUUUACUAGAGUAUGGAUCACAACUGCUUAUUCUACUAUAAGCAUUUUUGGGAUACUAUUGCCCCAAUCAUGGCAAGGAUGAGUAUGCUAAGUGAUAAGUAGCCAGAGGAUAGAUAUUUGGAAGCACAGAGACUUCUCUAAAUAAACUUCGAAUAAGACUUUCAAAUGUAGUUAGCAGAGAACAUUAAUCCUAUUGAAAGUAUCUCUCACUCAGUUAAAAUUAAGAACAUUAGAAUGAGUGAAGAGAUUAUUCUUAAUAAGCAGCAGCUAAACUAAAUUGAAAAAUCAGAAGCUGCUGUUAUCAUGGAAAUAUAAUUGGAAAACUAUUAGGAUUUACUUAAAGUUGACUACAGUAGGUAUUCAGUAUAAAUCUAAUCAAAUAUCAAUCGAAAAUCUAAACUUCUUGUCUAUGUAAAAAGUCAAAGUGGUAAGAUUUAUCAGAUAAAUGUUAAUGAUUCAAAAUAUCAAAGCAGAGUGUAUCACUGGUCUAAUCUGCUUUCAAUAAAUAUACCAGUUAAAUUGAUGCAGGACUCAUUAUAUAAGGAAAAAUUUGAUAGCAUCUUAGUCAAGGUGAUUCCUCAAACAAAGGUUGAGUAUUAGGAAACUCUUAUGAAUUUGUCUCCAUGCUAUGAUAAAAAUACGCCCAUAAUAUGGAAGCAAGCAAAAGAGAAUUACACCUAUAUCGAAGCAACUCUAUAGGAUAGUGAACAUAAGAUUCUAAUUGAGGAUAGAGACCUAUUAUUUGGCUAAUAAAAGCUAUUCCAGCUCACUAAAGAUCAAAAUGCUCUAUUUAUCAUUCAGACACAAGAGUUAUCAAGUAGCUCUCUUCCCUAUCUUGGAACGAUAAUGCCAGUUGAUAUAUGUGUUUAAUAUUCAGAAGAUUACAUAGGCUAGUAUGUCCACAAUGUUGUUGAAAUAAAGUAUUCAGAUGAAUCCUACCCUGAACUUAAAUUCAUUACUAGAUAAAAUUCUUGCUUCAGGACCUAUCCAUUGAGAAGAAGAUCAAUUUAAAAACAAUCGAUGAGUGUCAAAAUCAUGGGUAGUGGUUCAUAGCUCACAAAAGCUAAAUUACUGAUUAAGCCUAACUACUAUCAAGCUUUUAAGGAAAGUGCUGAGAAUUAGAAAUUUUACUUAGUUACACAGCUAAUAACAAUAGCCUUGUUUUUACAUUUCAAUCUAAUGAAAAAUAAUGAUCAAAGUCUAAUUAACUUUGCUAUUUAGAAUCCACUGUGGAUAAUAUUCCUAAUAAUCUCAAUCAACUACACCAAUGCCACUUGCUACACAUUGAUUAUAGCCCUAGGUUCUAUAUUCGAUCAAGCAACAGGUAACUCUUCUAUGUAAUAGCAAUAUUCAAUAUUGAAGCAUUAACUCGGACCCGUUUCAAUAUCUUUCGUUGACAUAUUUGUAACCUCAAUUCUGACAUAUAUGCUAUUGAUUUUAAUUAGUCUCGCUUUUGAACUAGUGAAAUCGGUUAUCUAGGCUAUUUUCAAAAAUAGUUUCUUCUAGACUCGACCGAAAGCAGUCAUCUUUUCACAUUACCUAUUAGUUUUACUGGCCUGUGUAGCCUGCUUUAUUUCAUUUAAGUAUUAUCUUUAUUUCGCAGCAGUUGCUGUCCUUGUUUUUGUGCUUAUAGACUUAACAAUAAGGUCAAAUAUUCAGGAUUAGAAACUGACUGAAUGGGAGUCAAACUAUGAAGAUCACAUACAAAAUAUCCUGUUUCCAGUGCUAAUUUAUCUUGGAAUUUUUAUCGAUAAGUAUGUUAUGGAAAUAUGGAGAUUUUAGGAUGGACUAAUUAGAUUCGAAUAUCAUUAUCAAGAAAAGGAAUCAAAUUAUCACAUUCCAUGUCUGUUAUAUAUGUUGAUGCUGAUGUUUAUAGAUAUUUCAUCUAUUAGACAAGCUUAUCAGUCCUAUGCACGAUACAUUAUAGCUAUUAUUUCAACAUUUGGCAUGUUUACUACAGGAAAGUACCUUCAUAGACUCAGACCAGUCAUUUCCAUUGGAAUGCUGAUUUUGAGUAAUUUAUUAGUUAUCAAAGCAGCUUUUGUUAAAGGAGGUAAGUAUUUUCAUAAAGGAGACCCAAAUAAAAAGGAUAAAAAAGACUGA